AUGGCCUCUCCAACAUCGUCUACUCCCAUUCCCAUCUUCUUCAUACUCGCGCUACUGUCGGUCCUCUCAUCAUCUUCUCCCUGCCUGGCCAGCAGCUCCGGCGGCGACACCGACCUCGCCGCGCUGCUGGCUUUCAAAGCCCAGCUCGCCGACCCUCUUGGCAUCCUUGCCGGCAACUGGACCACCGGCACGUCCUUUUGUUACUGGGUCGGCGUCUCGUGCAGCCGGCGCAGGCAACGGGUCACCGCUCUGUCGUUGCCGGGCAUGCCGCUCGCUGGUUCCAUGACAACUCAUGUCGGUAACCUCUCUUUCCUCUCCGUCCUCAACCUCACAAACACCAAUCUCACUGGCGCCAUUCCACCCGAACUUGGCAGGCUACAUCGUCUAAAGUAUCUUCGCCUCAGUGGAAAUAGCUUGUCUAGCAUCAUACCUCCUACCCUGGGGAACCUAACGAGGCUGGAGUUCCUUGGUCUAGAUUUGAACCAACUCUCGGGCCAGAUCCCUCCUGAAUUGCUACUUCAUAUGCACAACCUUCGGAAAAUUAAUUUGUAUGGAAAUGACUUGAGUGGCGAAAUAUCUCCGUAUUUGUUCAACAACACGCCUUCAUUGUCAUACAUCAGUUUUGGCAAUAACAGCCUAUCGGGUCCUAUACCACACACCAUUGCGUCCCUACCCAUGCUUCAAGUCUUAAACCUACAGGUUAAUCAACUCUCCGGCCUAGUGCCGCAAGCCAUGUACAACAUGUCUAGGUUACAAAUUUUUGCACUUGCAGGAAACGGCAACCUGUCUGGAAUAUUUCCGACCAAUCAAACUUUUAGCCUCCCAAUGCUACAAUUUUUUUCACUAUUUCGUAACAACUUUACCGGUCGGUUUCCGUCGGGGCUUGCAUCGUGCCAGUACCUAAAAGUAAUAUCUUUGAGUAGAAAUUCCUUUGUGGAUGUCGUGCCAACAUGGUUAGCCAAAUUAUCACACCUUGAAGAGCUUUCCUUGGGUUUUAAUAACCUCAUAGGGUCAAUUCCAGCUAAUCUAGGCAAUCUCACCAGUCUUGCUGCAUUAGAACUAUCUAAUGGCAACUUGGAAGGGGAAAUUCCACGAGAAUUGGGUCUUAUGCAGAAACUAUCAUAUUUGCAUGUUGGAUACAACCAAUUCACAGGAAACAUUCCAGACUCCCUCUGGAAUUUGUCCGUAUUGUCUUACCUAAAUUUGGGAACUAAUCAAUUGUCCGGCCAAGGACCAAGUACACUUGAAUAUAAUGCAGAUUUGAACGUGCUUGAUUUGUCGGAUAACAAUUUAGAUGGGAAUUUAGACUUCUUGUUAGAUCUUUCCAAGUGCAGACAACUCCAAGGCAUUGACGUACAAGAAAAUUCUUUCACCGGCAUCCUUCCUGACCUUGUGGGAAACAUCACUUCACGUUUAGCCAUUUUCUCUGCAGGUUAUAAUAAGUUAACAGGUGGCCUUCCGGUAGCAAUUUCAAACAUAAGCAGUCUUGAAGUGAUAGAUCUUUCAAACAACCUAUUCACCGAGCCAAUUCCAGAGUCCAUUUCUAUGUUAGAAAAUCUUUUGUACCUUGAUCUCUCCCACAAUCACAUGUUAGGUCUGAUACCAACACAAAUAGGUAUGCUCGGGAGGGUUCAACAUUUAUUUCUCCAAGCAAACAAAUUCUCGGGCUGCAUACCAGGCAACUUUGGUAACCUUAGUUGGUUAGAAAACAUCAACUUGUCUAAUAACCAGCUAAGCUCAACAAUACCCACGAGCUUUUUCCACCUGAAUAAACUUAUCAAAUUGGAUAUUUCUCACAAUUCCUUUGUUGGUGCGCUACCAUCCGAUAUUUCUAGUCUAAGACAAACAUAUCAAAUGGACAUCUCUUCAAACCUAUUGACAGGAAGCAUCCCAAGAUCACUUGGACAACUUAACAUGCUAACCUACCUAAAUCUAUCCCACAACUCAUUGGAAAACUCAAUUCCGGGCACAUUCGAAAAACUAAAAAGCUUAGCAUCAUUAGACCUCUCAUUUAACAAUCUCUCGGGUACCAUUCCCAAGUUUCUUGCAAACUUUACCUAUUUGACUAUCUUAAACCUUUCAUUCAACAGGCUAGAAGGCCAAAUACCCGAGGGAGGUAUUUUCUCAAACCUCACGGUACAAUCUUUGAUUGGCAAUGCUGGCCUAUGUGGUGCUCCGCGCCUCCGAUUUUCGCCUUGCCUUGGCAGAUCUCCCUCAACUGCUAUACACUUCCCACUAUUCCUACUCCCAACCCUCAUAUUAGCUGUGGUUGCCAUUGCCAUUUGUGUAUACCUAUGGCUUGAAAAGAAAAUUAAGAAGGAUGAGUGCAAUGCAUCUUUAAAUCCAACCAAUGUCAUGGGCCAUCAGAUAAUCUCUUAUCGGGAGCUCAUUCACGCCACCAAUAAUUUUGGUGAACAUAAUAUCCUCGGAUCAGGAAGCUUCGGAAAAGUCUAUAAGGGCUUAUUGAGCAACGGCUUGGUGGUCGCGAUAAAAGUUCUUGACAUGCAACUAGAGCAGGCCAUUCAAAGUUUUGACAUUGAGUGUCGCGUGCUUUGCGUGACGCGACACCGCAACCUGAUAAAGAUACUCAACACAUGUUCCACACAUGACUUCAAAGCACUAGUGCUUGAGUACAUGCCGAAUGGUAGCUUAGAGGCACUCCUACACUCCUCUCAAAGUACACUACACCUAGGAUUCCUUGAUAGACUUGGCAUCAUGCUCGAUGUGUCGAUGGCAAUUGAGUAUUUGCACCAUGAUCAUCAUGAGUUGAUCUUGCACUGUGACUUGAAACCUAGUAAUGUGUUGUUUGACGAGGAGAUGACUGCACAUGUGGCGGACUUUGGCAUUGCAAGGUUGCUUCUCGACGACAACUCAGUGAUAUCUGGGAGCAUGCCUGGAACAGUUGGAUACAUGGCACCAGAGUACGGAACACUUGGAAAAGCAUCGCAGAAGAGCGAUGUGUUCCGUUAUGGGAUCAUGCUCCUUGAAGUUUUCACCGGAAGAAGACCGACCGACGCUAUGUUCGAUGCACAGCUAACCCUUAGGCAGUGGGUUCAUCAAGCAUUUCAUGCAGAUCUUUUCCAGGUCGUCGAUGGCCGCCUAGUGCAAGGUUCCUCUCUUUCGAACUGCAGCUUGGACAAUGGUUUUGUUGUGUCCUUGUUCGAGCUGGGUUUACUAUGUUCUAGCAACUCGCCUGACCAAAGGAUGACGAUGCGCGACGUGGUGGUGACGCUGAAGAAGAUCAAAGCUGAGUUCACUGGGCGAACAUCCAAGACAUCAUGUAGUGCAACACAGUGA